GACAAUAGGGACCGGUGAACCAUGUACGGAACCAUGUUGCCGGUUGGGUUCUGAAGAAGGUGCACCAGAACCAGGCAACAAGCCUCUGACACCAGGGUCCACAUACACUGCAACUGUCCGUGUGUAUGUACUCGUAGGCAUCAGUGGGCAAGAGGACGUGCUUGAGAAAGCAGUUUCACGGGCACAGGCGUCAAGUUUGUUCAUGGAACCCAUAAUUACAGUCCUAGAAGAAGCUUUGCCUUGGGUUACAAUCAUUGUCGCGGUGGUUGCUGUAGUUGUCGUCAGUUUUGCAGCUGGAGCCGGUUUUGUAUUCUACAGACGAAAAUAUAUGGACAUCAAAAAGAAGACAUCAACAGGAAGGACCGACGUCCCUCUGAGUGAUAUAACAUGUAAGGAGGACUCGGAAGUUGAGGGUGUUGACAACGAAGCACUGUCUAUAAGCGAAGCCGACUCAAAGUGCUAUCGCAGACUUUCGGAAAUCAUAACUGUGGAUGAUGUGAUAAAAUUUCUGAAAGAGAACAAGUUUGCAGAGUACGCCAAAGCGUUUAAAGAUCAUGAAGUGGAUGGAGAGGCACUGCAGUACCUCGAUGAUGCUAUGUUGAAGGACCUCUUUCCAAAGACUGGACCAAGAGCGAGGUUUAAAGGCAUCCUGGCGAAAUUCAAACAAGAAAAACCUUCCAAACUACUAGUAUCUCCUCAAGUCACAACUCUGAAUUUCUGGGAGAUUCCGAGGGCAGGAUUGAAGCUUGGCAGACGUCUCGGCAGCGGCCAGUUCGGAGAGGUGCGACUUGGGGAACUCCGCAAUCGAGGGCUGACAUCCACUGUAGCUGUCAAAACCUUGAAAGACUCUGCAUCAGACAGUGACAAGAAAGACCUGCUGGGAGAGCUGGAGAUCCUGGUGACGGUGGGUCGUCAUGACAACAUCAUCUCCCUGGUUGGAGCUUGCACCAGAGAUGGCCCGUUGAUGAUCGUGGUUGAGUACGCCCCUAACGGCUGUCUGAAGGACUGGCUGAAGACCAACUCUGUCGAAACCAACGCAGAAUCUGCCUACCAGAACCAGCCUGUAUACGCGUCUCAGCUCCCAAUGGAACAGCUCAUACAGUUUGGUGUUGAUGUGGCCAAUGGAAUGAGCCAUCUAGCAGCCUUGCAGUGUGUCCAUCGUGAUCUGGCUGCCAGAAACAUCCUUCUUGGAGGAAAUCUUGUCGCCAAGGUAUCUGACUUUGGUUUGUCACGUGACAUCUAUGAGGACAGUGAGUACGUCAAGAGCACACAGAGCAAGCUACCGUUGCGGUGGAUGGCCUAUGAGUCACUGUUCUACAACGUUUACACAACUCAGAGUGACAUAUGGUCCUUUGGAGUCCUUCUUUGGGAGAUCAUGGCAAUGGGCACCCUUCCGUAUGAGGGGAUGAAGGGAAAGAGGAUGAUGGACAUGAUCAAAGAUGGCGGCCGACUCCAGAAGCCAAGCAGUUGCCCAGAAGAAAUCUACACACUGAUGACCCGUUGCUGGGAGACCCUUCCUGAGGACAGGCCGACUUUUCCUGAACUGAAAUCAAGCCUCAUCAGGAUUAUGCAGGGUUUCAAGACAUAUGCUUCACUUCUGAAGUAGCUGAACACAGAAAAACUUCAACAGGAAUGAAACGUAGCAGGGCGAUGUAUGACAUAGAUGCAUUUUAAAGGAGAAAUAUUCUAAUGUCAAUGAACUUAGUGAAGAUACAAUGUACUUGACUAAACUCUUUUUCAGUCAUAAACUCUUAAUAGUCUGUCAAAAGCUUAUAUCUCAUAAUACAUAUGUCACAGAUAGAUACAUUGUGCAAGACAUAAAAAAUAGUUCAAGAAGAAUGGACUUUUCCUUACGAUAUGCUGUAGUGCUAUGGUGUUUAUAGAAGUACACAUCCUUUAUAUACAUCACAUCUAUUAGCUUUACAGAUAUACUACAGAUGAUGUAUGUUUUGCCACAACCAAUGCAAACGUCCAAAUCAAAGGACACAAUAAAAUACAAUAAUUGUUUCUCUUUUUUGUAAAAAGAAUAUCAACAAUGAAUGGUUAAGGAGGGUUUUGAAAAUUCCGCACGGCUACACCAAGUAUAUACAUUUCAUUGAUAUCAACGGUUAAAA